UUGCAAGUUACCUAUCCAGUAUCGAACUCUGCAUCGCAAGUUACGGUUAUAAGCAUACUCGGAGUUUGUUAUUCAUUUGAUUGGUGUGUUGUAUGUGUUUAUAUUGGUUUAUUGUGUAAAAAGUACAAAAUUUUCAUAAUGAGUGCUGAGGAAGAAGUGCUACGGAUUCAGAAAAAAUUAAAUAAGAUGUCGAGCGGAGACGGGACGGUGAGUAAGGGCAAGAACAAGCACUGGAAUUACUUAAAAUAUUACAAAAGUUACCUGUGGAUUUGGAACUUCUGACCAAGACACGCAUUGGAAUGACAGUGAAUGCAUUGAGAAAAUCAAGCAGAGACGAAGAAGUUAUAUCGUUAUCAAAAACUCUUAUUAAAAAUUGGAAGAAAUUUUUAUCUGGGUCCAAUAAAGAAAAAGAUUCUACUUCUUCAAGCAGUUCAAAGAAGAAAGACGAUAAAUCAGAGAAAAGUAAAGAUGAUGGAGAACAGAAAAAAGAAAAGGAUAAUGCAGAUGGAAGUGAUGUUAAAAUGAAGGAAGAGAAACCUCAUAAAGAUAUUCAAAGAAAACAGUCUACGUUUCCUGCUCCUACAACCACAGAUGCUGUACGGCUUAAAUGUAGAGAGCUACUGGCAGCAGCUUUAAGAGUAGAUGGAAAUACAAUUGAUGGCUGUGCUACUCCAGAGGAAUUAGCAGAAGAACUCGAAGAAGCAAUUUAUGCAGAAUUUAAAAAUACUGAUAAUAGAUAUAAGAACAGAGUGCGAAGUAGAGUCGCUAAUUUACGUGACGCAAAAAAUCCUAAUCUUCGAACAAAUUUUAUUGCUGGUGCUAUAACACCUGCUAGGCUUGCUGUUAUGACUGCAGAAGAGAUGGCAAGCGAUGAAAUAAAACAAUUAAGGGAACAGUUUAAAAAGGAAGCAAUUAAUGAUGCACAACUUGCUACAGUACAAGGAACGAAAACUGAUCUAUUAAAAUGUGGAAAGUGCAAAAAACGUAAUUGUACUUAUAAUCAAGUGCAGACACGUUCAGCUGAUGAACCUAUGACUACUUUUGUGCUAUGCAACGAAUGUGGAAAUCGAUGGAAGUUUUGCUAAAUAUCCUUACCUACCACAGUUUUUUCUGAUUGCAAUGGACAGGAAAAUGUAUUUCGUUCAAGACCUACCUAUUAUUAAUCAUUAUUAUUAGAGUUAAAGAAACUCAGUGCAAAUAUAUUGCAUAUUUACAAUUCACAGAUUACAUUGGAUGCUUAAUGAUGUUUUUAAUUUUUCCACGAAUUCAAAAAGUAUAUCAGUUUUCAUUGAAUUGUAUAUACUCAUAUUUGAUUGAUUUACCAGAGGUCUCAUAGGAUUUAAAAAUUAGAGACUCAUAGAAGCUUUAUAGGACCUAAAACAUAUUAACGAAGAAUUCAUUAAAUUAAACAAAUUAAAUGAUACAUGUUUUUAUUUUGUGUAUAUACAGCAUUGUCGCUGUAAAAAAGUUCGGAUAUGCGACUAAUAUUAAAAUAAAAAUAUUUUGUUUUAUAUUGCA